GGCAGCAAUCGGUCACUGCUGGCUACAAGUCAAGCAACGCCUACAUCGGGCUCAGUGGCCCCGGCCUGGCUCGGAAGCUGGCAGAGCGCAACGUUGAGAACUCGGUUCCAUACAUUAUCCCCAUCCUUGACUCUCUGCCCGCAAACUUUACCUUGAUUGAUGUUGGCCGCGGGCCAUGCAGCAUCACCAUCGACAUUGCUCAAAGGCCUGGACUCGCCCGAUGCCCUCGCCAUCGCCAGAGACAACAUCAAUGUUGCCGGUGUGACCAACAUCACCCUGAUGGCCGGAGACGCCCUCGAUCUCCGGGCGGCGGCUGACUAUGUUCUUGUCGAAAAAAGUAGUGGCGGCGAAGGUCCGGGAACGGACCUGGGAGAGCGUCUCUGCAACGGCGGCUUCGAUGUCGCGCACACACACCAGGUGAUGCUUCACGUCCAGGACCCGGCGCGGCUUAUGCGCGAGCUGCGCGGCGCCGUCAAGAAACGCGGGGGCGUCGUUUGUUGCCGCGAUGCCGAGCUUGGGAGCAUGAUUGUGCAUCCAAACUCGGAGGUCCUAUCGCGCUUUUGCAGCAUAAUCCCCUCCAUCAUGUCCAACCACGGCGCCGACCCCGAAGUUGGCCGGAAGCACCUCGAGUAUGCCCUCAAGGCCGGGUUCAAGAGAUCGGAAGUCGAGAUCAGCAUGGGCCAGAUGCUAGCCUCGGCUCAAGAGGAGCGCAAGUCACUUGCGGAGCCGUUUCUUGGGGGCAGUCUACAGCAGGUCGACGUCACCGGUCCGAACACGGCCUUUGUGCGCGCAGGCCUGAAGCCAGAUGCGGUAUAUGAGGUACUUAGGGCUUGGCGAGAGUGGGUGGAAAUCGAGUACGGCUGGUGCUUCAUAGCCAACGCGCAAGUUGUAUGCAGGAGGAGUGACUAG